GGCCCCAUGGAGGAGGCGCUGGCGGGCGCCCCAGGGAGCUUCCUGCACCACAUCCUGGGGCUCGGCCAGGCGCUGCCGGAGGUGGAGCCCCCCUGUGAGGCGCAGCCGGGCGCGGCCAUCCUGCAGGACAGGGCGCGGGAGCAGUGAGUGUCCCCUGGCUCCUCCUGCCUCCCCAGGCACAGGGCGAUGGCUUCCCUGCCUCGUGCCAGAUGCCUGAGGCUCUUCUCCCCUCCCCGUGUGUCUGGAUGUUGGGGGCAACUAGGCCACGUCAUCGUGGCCCUGCCUGUUCCCCUCCCUGGGGUGCUGAGAGCCCCGAGCUGGCGAAUGCUGCGGGGUGAUUGCAGCACCCUCCUCCUCCGCUGCCCCUCGGGGGGGCAGCAAGCUACCGAGUUAAUCAUUGGAGUGGCCUGGGCAGGGCAAGCGGGUGUCAUCUCCCAGGCAUGUGUGGGGAAACCCAGUCCAAGCUCUUGGGAGGAAUAUGCUUUGGCGCCAAGUGACACAUCUUCUCGUUGCAGCGCUUGCCAAGGCAUGCAGUGCUUCUCCCAGGGCGAGUGGGAGAAAGCUGUCCUCUGCUACUCCAAAGCCAUUAACCUGGACCCCCAGCAGGCGGCUGUCUGGCCACGCUCUACACGCAGGUGGAGUUCUACGUGCAGAGAGCAGAAGCUUUUCUCCAGCUCUGCGACUUCCAGUCCGCGGUGCUGAACCUCCGGAAGGCUCAUUCCUUGUCCUCACUGAAGGAGGAGUACCUCAACCGCAUGGCCUUCAUCCUCUGCCUGCAGGGUCAGUGUCUGUUUGACCAGCAGGUCUAUUGGGAUGCUUUGGAGUCCUUCACUCAAGCCUCAGAGCUGCAGCCCAACAAUGUGGUGUAUCACAGGAAAUGUAUUGCCUGCCUUGCUGCCCUGAACAGAUUCUCUGAUUGUCUGCACCUGGUUAACAGAGACCUGGAUCGAGACCCCAAGAACCCAGACCUGUACACCCUGAGAGCCAGGCUCUAUGACCACUUCAACAAGGUUCCUCUGUGCUACCAGGACAUCCAGAAGGCCAUGGUUCUGGAGCCACAGCAUGAGGGAGCUCAGGCACUAAUGCAAAAGCUAUUGAAGCGAGCCCAGAAAGCCAAGGCUGAAGCUGUGAAUAAGGCCCUAAUGGGGGAUCUGGGGGAAGCCAUCCUCAAAAUCAACUUUGCCCUGGAGAACAGCCCCCUGGAAGCUGAGUACUUCAUAUUCAGAGGGACUCUCUAUAGAAGGCUCAAGGAUUUCAAUGCAGCCAUUGAUGAUUACAUAAGGGCUGUGGAACUGGUUGAGGUGGGGGGACCAGCCAGCCUGGAGGUGCAGCACCAGCUCCUGCUCACCUACAAUGACUUUGCAGUUCACUGCUACACCAGGGGCUGCUUUGAAGAGGCACUGCUGCUUCUGAACAAGGCUCUGAAGGCAGAUAAGAAUGAAAAGGGGCUCUAUGUCAACAGAGGAGACUGCCUCUUCCAGCUGGGGGAGCUCUCCUAUGCCUUGGCCGACUACCAGCAGGCACUGGAGCUGAGCCCAUGGGACAUGAGCCUGCAGCGCCGCGUUUCCAUGCUGUUGGACAAGCUGGGGAUGCGAGAACUCAGGAGGAGGCGGUACCAGCAGGCCGAGUCGUACUUCUCCAAUGCCAUUGACUGCGACCCUCGCCUGCCGCGGUACUUUCUGCACCGGGCCAAGAGCCGCAUGGGCCUGCAGGAGGUGAUGGGUGCCAAGGAGGAUGUUGCCAUGGCACUGUUGUUGGACCCUGCAGAUGAGGAGGCCAUGCUGCUUAUCACCAGCCUCUUCCCAGGAAAGUCUGUCCAGAGCAUCUUGAGCAGCAAGGUCGGGGACCUUGCCAGAGCCCUGUUGGAUGCAAAGCUUCAGGCCUGCCCAGCGGACCAGGACCUUGCCAAGGCCCCCUGUUCCCUGGCAGACCUGGAGGAUGAGCUAAAAGAACCAGGCACUGGGAGCGAAGUGGCAGAGCAGCCUGCUAGCAUCCUGUGGCAUGCAGAGAACAGCCUCAGCUCCUGUACAACUGAGCUUGAAUUGUACAGGAAGAGGUUUGCUUCUGGAAGCAGCGCGAGCAGAGUAAGUGCUCCCACUUGGCAAGGGAAGGGGGAGAAGCAGGAAGUGAGUGCCAAGGCCUCAUGGCAUACAGCAACCCAGGGGCCGCAGCCAGCAGAGGUGUACUCAGCCUACCCCUGCCCAGAAUAGACUG